CUACUCCGUAGAAGGAAACGGAAACUCAGAGCUGAGACAGCUCCGACGAGGUAAAAACAAGCAAUUGCAACAGUGGCCCUCUUCAUUUACAGAAUACGUUAUUCAUAAAGCCUCCCGAGAUGAAGCCCCAUCUUCCAGACCCUGGACCGAAGAAGAUGUGCAUGAUUGUCGUUGACGGUCGACCGCAAGCGUCACUAGCACUCCAGCCAAGCCGGUUCAAUAUUGUGAUGGGCCCUUUGAUCGACUCUUUGCCACAGGAUCUGCCUGACGGUAUUCAAAACAGGUGAUGGGCAGACGAAUGCGUCCAGAAGGCAAUCCCAG